AUGGUUGGUGUGGCUAGGUCCAUCACAAACUUGACUACCGAUCAAUAUGCUCUUCUUGCUUUCAAAGCCCAUAUCACUUCUGAUCCCAAAAAUGUAUUGUCUCAAAAUUGGUCCUUGACUACCUCAAUUUGCAAUUGGACUGGUGUCUCUUGCGGUCUCAGACACCGCAGAGUCACAGCCUUGCAUCUCCCUAAUAUGGGAAUCAAUGGCACCAUUGCCCCACAUCUUGGAAAUCUCUCAUUCCUCACGUCCCUCGACCUCAGUGACAACAAUUUCAAUGGCUAUAUACCCGAGGAGUUGGCUCAUUUGCGUCGAUUGAGAGAAAUCAGUUUGCAAUACAACUACUUCAGUGGUACCAUUCCACCGUCACUAUGCAACAUUUCGAAACUGGAGGCAUUGAAUAUGAGAAACAAUUCUUUGCACGGAAACAUUCCAGAAGAGAUCGGUAAUCUUUUUAGACUCGAAGUAUUAGACUUGAGUUUUAACAAGCUCACGGGUUCUAUACCGCGUACCAUCUUCAACAUUUCUUCUUUGAAACUAAUUGUUUUCACAUACAAUAGGCUGUCUGGAAGCCUGCCAGUAGAUAUGUGUAAUCAUCUUCCCGAACUUGAAGAACUCUAUCUUUCUUUAAAUCAGCUUCAAGGGCGGAUUCCAUCAGAUUAUUUAUAUAAAUGCACGAAGCUCCAAUAUGUAUCGUUGUCAGGCAAUGACUUCACUGGGGGCAUACCUAGAGAAAUUGGCAAUCUCACCAUGCUCAAGGCGUUAUAUAUUGGUGUAAACAGCUGGAGAGGUGCAAUUCCAUCUGAGAUGGGUAAUCUUCCACAUCUGGAGAAAUUGAGCUUAAUUAGUAGCUCUCUAACCGGGCAUAUACCACUUUCCAUCUUCAACAUUUCUUCUGCAAAAGUAAUCGAUUUUGGAAACAAUAGUCUAUCUGGAGGACUACCAGUGAACAUCCACUAUCAUCUUCCUCUUCUUGAAGAGCUAGAUCUUUCUUCCAAUCACCUCACUGGUCAAAUUCCGUCCAACUUAUUGGAAUGCCGAGAACUUCGAGUUUUAUGGUUGUACAAAAAUAACUUCAACGGUAGCAUACCUAAGAAAAUUGGAAACCUUACUUCGCUCGUGAAACUACAUUUUGGUUAUAACAACUUCACAGGUACAUUACCAGACGAGUUUGCUAACCUUAAUAAUCUAGAGGAAUUUAGUGUCAGCGGAAACAGCUUAACUGGUCUCGUACCAUUCAAUAUCUUCAAUGUGUCAACAAUGAAGUUCAUCAACCUGAAUGACAAUCACUUCUCAGGCCAUCUUCCUUCAACCAUGGGGCUUCAACUUCCCAAUCUUCAAGCCCUUUACCUCGGACGGAAUAAACUCACCGGACCAUUCCCAAGCUCCAUCUCCAAUUCUUCCAAGCUUACCCUCGUAGACAUAUCCUUGAACUCAUUCACUGGGUCGAUACCAAAUUCACUAGGCAGUUUAAGACUCCUCCGACAUCUCUUCCUCGGCGGAAAUGGCAUGACCAAGCAAACUUCCACUGCAGAAUUGUUCACUUCUUUGACAAACCUGAGAGAUUUGGUAUUGUUGGACUUGUCAGAAAAUCCAUUAGAUGACAUACUCCCAACUUCCGUUGGGAAUUUGUCUGCUUCUCUUCGGGUGUUGGGAGCAUUUAAAUGCAAAAUGAAGGGGAACAUCCCUAGUGAAAUGGGUAAUUUGAGCAACCUGGAAAUCAUAGCUUUACAAUUUAACGAGUUGACCGGACCAAUCCCAACAACACUCCAAAGGUUACAGAGUCUCGACCGUUUGCAUCUCUCGGUCAAUAAAUUACAAGGACACAUACCCAAUGAUCUUUGCAAAUUAGGGAGGUUGGGUGACUUACUUGCAAGUGAUAAUAAGCUCAAUGGACCGAUUCCGACAUGCUUGGGUGAGCUUAAAUCCCUAAGAAGGCUCCACCUUGCCAACAACAAAUUGAAUUCCAUGAUUCCGUCGAACAUCUGGAGCCUAGAAGAUCUUUUGUAUCUAAACCUAUCGUUGAACUCUCUUAGAGGUCAUCUGCCAUUAGAAAUCGGAAAUUUGAAGGUCAUAACACGCAUAGACUUGUCGUGGAAUGGGUUAUCAAGUGACAUCCCAAACACCAUCGGAGGGGCUCAGUCAUUAGCCGUUCUCUUCUUGGAUCAUAAUAAACUGCAAGGACCUGUUCCUCCAUCACUGGGCAACAUGAUAAACUUGGAAUUCUUGGAUCUAUCCCAAAACAAUUUGUCUGGAGUUAUUCCAAAAUCCUUGGAAGGACUUAGGUAUCUACAAUAUCUGAAUGUGUCUCUCAAUGGACUGCAAGGAGAAAUUCCCACCGGAGGAAGUUUUGCAAACUUUACAGCGCAAUCAUUUAUGCAUAAUAAUGCACUUUGUGGCGUACCCCGACUGCAAGUUCCGCUUUGCAAGACAAACACCCUCCGACUAUCAAAGUCUAAAAUUGUGCGGAGGUUGAAAUAUAUUAUACCACUCCUCAUUGCUUCAGCAAUUAUUGUGGUGACCCUCAUAUUUGUGUUGAUUGGACGUGGAAAACAAAAGGUAGCGUUACCAACUCAAGCAGAGUCUUCAACUCUUACAUGGAGAAGGGUUUCCUACCAGGAGCUUUUGCAAGCUACGGAUGCAUUUAAUGAAACCAACCUACUUGGCAUGGGAAGUUUUGGUGCAGUGUAUAAAGGAACGCUUUCAGAUGGGGUGAGUAUUGCGGCAAAGGUUUUCAAUCUGCAAUUAGAAAGAGCUUUCAAGAGUUUUGAUAUUGAAUGUGAAGUAAUGCGUAAUGUCCGCCAUCGAAACCUUAUUAGCAUCAUCAGCAGUUGCACUAACCUAGAUUUCAAAGCCUUGGUGCUAGAGUACAUGCCUAAUGGGAGCCUCGAUAAGUGGUUGUAUUCUCACAACUAUUGUUUGGACAUCCUACAACGGUUAAACAUAAUGAUAGAUGUUGCAUCAGCAUUGGAAUAUCUACAUUAUGGCCAUACAACACCCAUUGUUCACUGUGAUUUGAAGCCCAAUAAUGUUCUUCUUGAUGAAGAUAUGAUUGCACAUGUUGCUGAUUUCGGUAUAGCAAAACUCUUGGGUGAAGGGGUUCUCAUGGCACAAACCAUGACCUUGGCAACAAUUGGGUAUAUGGCACCAGAGUAUGGAACGGAAGGAAGAGUAUCAACAAGGUGUGAUGUCUAUAGUUAUGGUAUCAUGUUGAUGGAGAUGUUUACAAGAAAAAAGCCGACAGACGAAAUGUUUUCGGAAGAGAUGAGUUUGAAGCGUUGGGUGAAAGAAGCAUUAGAUGAUUCAAUAAUUGAAGUUGUGGACCUCAAUCUCAUACAAAGAGAUGAUAGACAUGAGUCUGUAAAGGAGCAAUGUAUAUCAUCUGUCUUUGGUUUGGCAAUGGACUGUUCAAAGGAUUCACCUGAGGAAAGGAUUACCAUGGAAGACACCUUGGUUGCACUCAAGAAAAUCAAAAUCUCCUUUCUAUCAAAUGUUGGAAGCGCUUGA